AUCAAACUCGUGACCAUGAUUCACUCCAAAUUUCCAAACAUUACGAGUCUCGGGGCACGUGUAACAAAAUGUAAAGUUUAGCGACGUAAAAUUUUGCAUUUACAUUUUUUAAGUAAUGAUUUAUCAUGUACUUUCACCCAGAAUAGAAAAAAAAUACUCGUAUUGCAUUAAAAAUUUUAGUGUAAAAAAUGUCGAUAAGACUCAACCUUCAAACGUUAAACAGUCCUGAUGGAAUAUUAAAACUUCUCCAUGUGCUUUUGGGCACAAUCUCUCUCAUUCUGAUCUCAUUUUCUUACGUGCCUCACAACUUAGCUUUGGACAUUUUCCUCGUCACGAUAUCCGUCUGCUUGGCGAUAUCAACGCUAAAUCUGUUCCUAAACUGUAUCUUCUCACCAACCUUGUUGAGAACUCGGCCCAAGCAAAUCGUGGGCUUCAUCUUCCACCUGUUAGCCGGCGCAGGUCUCAUCUUGGCUGGAAUCGACUUGAUUGGAUGGUCAGAAUAUGAUCACGAUUGUGGAUUCAAGUGUCCUCACAUUUAUUACAUUGGGGUCGCCAAAAUAUUAACCUUCGUUAACGGCACGCUGUACGCAAUCCACGGCUUUUUAGACGCUCGUGGUGAAGACGAGGAAGAUUUUUUGACCGAGAGUUUUCCCCUUUUGCGAACCCCGACGCCAACGAUGUCCACGUCCACGACCCCGCCAAGUAUUAUCAUCCAGCCACCAUCUCCUACUCCAACCGAACCACGCCCACAUUACAGUGGAGGAAUGCAAUCGAAAAUAAAUUGAUAUUACCUAUGUAACAAAUAAUAAGUAAAAGUAAUAAAUAUGUCAAGUUUA